CCUCUCUCUUCUACACUUCUUAUAUAUGUAAUGCAAACUAAGGUCACUACGUACAAACCCAGAAAUGAAAGAACAGGAAACAGUACCAGCGUACAUAGGAGUUAGAAAACGAAAAUGGGGAAAAUGGGUGUCUGAAAUUCGCGAGCCGGGUAAAAAAACUCGAAUAUGGUUAGGAAGCUAUGAGUUUGCUGAAAUGGCAGCGGCCGCCUACGACGUGGCUGCAUUGCACUUGAAAGGCCCCAGUGCACGGCUCAACUUCCCGGAAUUGUCAAACAAUUUUCCCAAGCCCGUGAGUUCUAAUGCAGAGGAUGUUCAAUUGGCGGCUCAACAGGCUGCGAUGCGGUUUAAGAGGCCGAAACAGGAGGCUGCGGGUGGUGGCGUGGUACCUGUAAGGGUGGGGCUGUCGCCGAGUCAGAUUCAAGCAAUUAACGAAUCACCACUUGACUCACCUAAAAUGUGGAUGGAGUCGGAAUGUGCACUACUCGUUGGAGAGCCAUAUGGAGGCAAUCAGCUGGAGGAAUGUGAUGAUGAUAUUGAUUACUAUUCCAUAUGGGAUUAAUAUUAUAUGUAUCAUCGUUCAUAUUUGGAAUUUAUACAAGAGAUCACAAUGUCAGUUAGUGAUGCUUUCGUCUACUUAAAUUUCGUCUUCUAUAUUUUAAUAAAUGUACAAAUCUAUCUCCCAAUUUUUGGUGGGGAAGAAAUAUUGUACGAGAAAUAUGUUAUUGAAUAUACUUGUAUCGUUUGCUGAUCAUAAAAUCUUAU